AUGGGAAUGGACUGGCUUUAUUCGUGCUUUGCUAAACUUGACUGCCGAACGAGAGUCAUGAGGCUUGAGUUCCUUAAUGAGCCGGUUAUUGAGUGGAAGGGAAAUGGUGUGGUGCUGAAAGUCGUGAAUGAGUUUCUUGAAAUUUUUCCGGACGAGCUUCCAGGGAUCCCGCCGGAUAGGGAGAUUGAUUUCGAGAUUGAUGUAUUGCCUGAUACGCAGCCGAUAUCUAUUCCACCAUACAGAAUGGCGCUAGCGGAAUUGAGGGAGUUAAUGGAACAGUUGAAGGAUUUAUUAGAAAAGGGGUUCAUACGGCCAAGUGGGUCACCAUGGGGUGCCCCGGUUCUUUUUGUCAGAAAGAAGGAUGGUGAAGGGAUUCAGGUGGAUCCCCAGAAGACUGCAGUAGUAAAGGAUUGGCCUAGACCCACGACCCCGACGGAGAUACGUAGCUUCUUGGGUUUAGCGGGGUAUUAUCGGAGGUUUGUGGAGGGAUUCUCUACCCUCGCCUCCCCUUUAACUAGGUUGACGCAGAAAGCAGUUAAGUUCCAAUGGUCCAAUGUUUAUGAGAAAGGUUUUCAGGAAUUGAAGUCGAGAUUGACCUCGGCGCCGAUAUUGACCUUGCCAGAAGGCACAGAAGGAUUUGUGGCGAAUGUGGUGGCCGACGCUAUCAGUCGGAAGUCCAUGGGUAGUUUGGCUCAUUUGGGAGCGGAUCAGAGGCCUUUGCCUCGGGAGGUUUAUCAAUUGGCCAGUCUGGGGGUUCGUAUUUCGACCUCAGACGAGGGGAAGGUUAUGGAAAAGCAGCUCAUUGAUCCAGCAUUAGCACAGAUGAAGGAGGCAGUUUUGAGUAACAAGACUUCGAUAUUUUCACUCGGUGGUGAGGAUGGUGUAUUACGAUGUCAAGGUAGGCUAUGUGUUCCAGAUGUGGAUAAUCUUUGUGGGAGGCGAGUAAAAGCCGAGCACCAGCGGCCCGGUAGGUUAACUCAGCUUAUGGAAAUACCAAUGUGGAAAUGGGAGAUGAUCAACAUGGAUUUCGUGGUGAAUCUCAGCACGGCUUUCCAUCAGCAGACUGAUGGUCAAGCAAAGCGGACUAUUCACACGCUUGAAGAUAUGUUACGGGCUUGUGCCUUGGAUUUCAAAG